AUGGCUCUUGAUCUCUAUAUUCCACCCUGCAUCAAAUCUCCUGCUAGCCAUCUGCAUCUACCGCGUCCGCGAGAAUCGAUUGAAAAGCUUUUCCCAUCUGUGUAUGAUUAUCUAGUUCCCGUUGACGAUGUCGAUCCAGAAGUACUACAAAUAAAUAUUAUGGAGGCGGAAAAUGAUCAUGGCAAGUAUUCCAAUACCUACUUGCCGUUCUCUGUUGAUGCAUUGGAAUAUACUGGAAAGAAAGUAUUGGCCAUCCCCAAAUGCUGCCGCAAACGAAAGGGUACACAAGAUCGCCAAAGGGUGAAUGAAUCGGUUUUGGAAAGGGAUGGGCAGCAUUAA